CUCUCAAUAUCUACACACAUUUCAUAACAUCACAAGUAGCCAUGAAUUGCUUGAAAAUUUUCCUUUUGCUAGCCAUUAUAAUGGUUUCAGCAACUAUACUUUCGGCGGCUUCAUCAGUCGAUAAAUUAGAAGAAGAAAUGCCCGUAAUAGAUGACAAGAAUAAUGAAGUUGACGAUAUGGUUGAAUCAUUUGAAGCCCCUUUGAAUGAAACUGAUGAAAGUUCAUCAUCCAUUCGAGGGGCUAGUCGUUUUCUUUUAGCACAUGAAUCUCCUUAUUACAAGUCCAAAAUCAUAAAACAGCGUAUGACAUGUAACAAGAACCCUAGAAUAUGUCGUGCCAAAGGUAGCCCAGGGCCAUUUUGCUGCAAGAAGAAGUGUGUAAACGUGUUUGCGGACAGGCAUAAUUGUGGAAUUUGUGGGAAGAAAUGCAGGUACAAUGAGACUUGUUGUAGAGGGAAAUGCGUUAACACUAUGUUUCACAAGAGGCAUUGUGGAGGUUGUGGUAACAAGUGCCAGAAAGGAAGUGCUUGUGUCUAUGGAAUGUGCAGCUAUGCAAAUUAAUUAGAGGAUCCAUGCAUGGAGUAGGGAGGACGAUCAUUAAAUUAUUUAUUUGGUUCUCUAGAUAUUACUGUUCAAAUUAUAUCAUUUGAUUGUAGGUGGUGAUUCAUUUUAUUGCAUAGCAAAUAAAGGCUAUUCCAUAUUAGUUGUUUAAGUUGUUUCAUUCUUCCAUUGUUUUAAAUAAAAUUGUACACUUAAUUAUUGUUAUA